AUGAAGGGGAAUCUCCUCAUCGCCUCCGUCACCAUCCUCGAUUCGUGCCUCCAUACCCCCAUGUACUUCUUCCUCAGGCACCUGUCAAUCUUCAACCUCUGCCUUAACUUUAUCUUGUUUGAGAGUUCUGAGUAUUUCGUCUUUACGGCGAUGUCCUUCGACCGCUACACCGCCAUCUGCCUCCCCCUGCGCUAUGACAUCAUCUUAGAGAGAGGGACUUGUGGGGAGAUGGCCGCCGCCUCAUGGCUCAGAGGAGGACUGAUUAGGAUCUUGAUUUCAGCUUCGACCUUCUCCAUGUCCUUCUGCAGGCCCAACAUUGUCGCCGAUUUCUUUUGUGACGUCCCCUGUCUGCUGAAGAUCUCCUGUUCCGAGGACUACGUUGCCAUAGAUGUGAGCAUGGAGAUGUUCAUCAUCACGUCAAUGCCUUACGAACGCUAUGUCGCGAUCUGCUGUCUCCUUGGCUAUGAGACCGUCAUGAACCAAGGGGCCUGUGGGAAGAUCACCUGCUCCGAGAAGCACAUCGCCAUUGACGCGACUAUGCCGGCAAUGGAGGGCCGGGCCAUAUUCUUCUCCACCUGCGUGCCUCACCUCGUCGUCGUUACUCUUUUCCUCUCUGCGGGUGUAUUUGUCUACAACAAGCCUCCCUCAAACUCCUCCUUGAUCGUGGACCUGCUGGUGUCCGUGUUCUGCACGUUAGUACCCCCGGUCAUGAACCCCCUCGUCUACAACCUGAGGAACCAGGACAUGAAGGCGGUUAUGAGCAGGAUCCUAAAAAGGGUCACUCAUCCAGCCUCUGCUAUGUGA